AUGAAGAUAUUGAAAAAAGAAGCGAAAUCUUUUGAGCAAAAGGACAUUCAUCGAGUGAUUUGUCGAGCUCUAAUCGAUGUAUUACAUUGUAAACAGCGAGAAUUCGAGAAAAAAUGUCAAGGAGCAGCCGCUUUUGCUGAUGUUACUUAUAGAAAAGCGAAAUUCAAUCUGGAAAACUAUGAUGUGUGUCAAAAUGCGGUGCUUACAGCCUUUGGACCGGUUAUGACAAGCAAUAUGGGCACAAUUAUUGCAGUUAUUCUCUGUCUUCUUCUCGGCGCUGUCGGUGCGACUAUUGCCUUCUAUGUCUAUCGCUAUCGUCCAAACUCUUUCAGCUCUUUCACCGCUCUUUUACCUUUCAACAACUCG